GACCGCGGCCUCUUCAAGUGGUCCGCCCUCCGGAAAGUAGCUGCCUUUUUCCAGGAAGGGCAUCGCAGUAGCAUCAUUACAACUUCGUCCGGCCAAUCUCUACCGCAAAGCAUCGGAGCCCAAACAGUCCUCUCAGUCGCAGGCGGCCUAGUCGCAAUAGGUACCACAUCAGGGCACGUCCUCGUAUUUGAGUUCUCACAAGAUCUGAAGUGCAUCCUAGGCGGAGCUGGCGCCGGGCAAGUCACAGCACUAGCCUUCUCUGCGGAUCACACAUUCCUCGCCAUUGGUUAUGAAAAGGGACAUGCCUACCUCUACGAUCUCGCCAAGCCUACUUCGCCCUCACGGACUGUCCUACCUGUGUCAAGGCAGGACGUCGCCUCAGGACGCAAGGAGGGACAUCUAGAGAGCGCGAGGAUCCUACAUGUCGCCUUCGUCGGAGGAAGACAUACGGCCGUCUUCACCGCUGAUGAUCAAGGGCUGGCCUUCUACCACUCGCUGGGCAAGAUACUAGGCGUAGCGAGCAACGAUACGUUGCGCAUCCUCGGCCGAUAUCCAGACCCAACAGCACCACCUUCGAAGCGCUCCUCCUUACCCAUCCUAUCUCUUGCGGCCCUCCCCUUGGGCCCAAUCGAUCACCUCGCCGAUGGCGUGCACUUUGUCGCCUUGGUCACGCCGCAGAAACUCGUCAUUGUAGGCUUGAAGCCGAACGCAAGGACCUGGUAUAGGAAAUCGGCACCGCUUGCCACCGUGAAGGGGAAUGAGGAGGGUCGCCGCAAUGAAGCAGGAGCGUGCGCAGCUUGGUUCCCGGCUCCUACGCUCGCCUAUUCUUUCAGCAGCCAACUAGCUAUCCUGAAGCUGGUGACCAAAAGAACAAAGAUAGAAUCAUCUUCUAAUGGCAACGUCGUAACGAACGGAGCAGCCCCGACAUAUCGUACGGACCUGGAAUUCGUUGAGCAUCCCUUGGCGCCAGACGCUCUCGGCCCAGACCCACGGCCCAUCGAAGCUUUGCAGUGGCUCAGCCACGAGCUCAUACUCCUCGUCACUUCCACGGAUCUAAGACUCGUCGACCUGCGUGUGGGUAGGGUCACCGAACGGGAGUCGCUCAACCCCACCCUAUCGGGCCUCGUCCGCCACCCAUGGCUCGCCAACUCGCCACGCCUGUCAACGUCGCUCGGUCCCUUCACAAUCUCCAGCAUGCGGGUCUUCCGCGGGAAGCCCUUUUUCCUCACCUCCUCUCAAGUGGUCGUUGGCCACCUGCUCAGCUGGGCAGACAGGCUCCUCUCCCUCGUCUCCGCCGGCGACUUCCUCAGCGCAAUUGACCUCUGUCGGGCCUACUACCAGGGUUCCGUUCCCGGCUCACUGGUCGGGCUGCCCUCCGAUCCUGCUGAGCUGCAGGCUGUAGUGGCGGGCAAGCUCAGAGAGCUGAUGAGCGCAUCAGCACGAUACGCUUUCGCGCCGGAGCGCCUGACGGAUGGGACGCACGUUACAGCUGACGGCCGUGGAGUCGAUCGAACGGAUCUCUUUCGUCAGCUUGCGCGAGCGUGCGCACAAGCCUGUCUCGCAUUGGGCGAUACGGACUUCUUGUUCGGGGAGCUAUACAAUUACUACAGCGAGAAUGGGAUCGACCCUCUCUUCGUUGGAGAGCUGGAGCCCUUUGUUCUUGAUGGCCAAUUGCGCAUUUUGCCGAUCCCGGUGAGCCAGAGGUUGAUCGAGAGCUGUAAAGUCGCAGGGGAUUAUGGGCUGGCAGAGAGGCUGCUCUGGCAUGUCGAUCCAAUGUGCUUGGAUCUGGACCAGGCCCUCAGCCUGUGUGCCGAGCAAGGGUUGACAGAUGCGAUGAUCUGGAUCUAUAAUGAGGCAAUGGACGACUGGGUUGGACCUGUGGUGGAGCUACUCGAGCCGCUCAAGAAAGUCGUCAAGCAGCGCAAGCGCGAGGCGGAGAACGACGAGGACGCCAGCUCCGUAAUAGAAGGCGAUGCUGAGGACCACAGCGCCGUCGUCACGGACGCAUACAAGGUCUUCUCCUACCUAUCCGUGGCCCUCUCCGGUCAUUCGUUUCCCUCACAGGAGCCAAUCACACCCGCAGAGCGAGGGGAUAAGGCUAAGCAGUCCGUGUACGGCUUUGUCUUUUCCGGACACUGUGUGAUCUGGCCCCCAGGCGCGGGUGGCCGCAUCGUGCUCUCGGUCGAUGAGGGCCAGGAGGAAAUGACUUACCCCUACCUGAGGCUGCUCCUGGCCUUCGAUGCGGAGGCAAUGCUUGAUGCGCUGGAUGUCGCCUUCGAGGAUGGAUGGUUGGACGAGGAAGAAGAGAUGAAUGGCCACCAGAAGCCGGAUCAGCUUGGAGCGAACGGCAACGGCUCUUCUCCACCCCGCAUCACGCGCCAACGCAUCAUCGAUGUCCUCCUCGAGGUCACUCAGGAUACCACAGCCACCCGCGCCUCACCAAGCGAAACGGAACGCCUCUUCACCUCUAUCUUCAUUGCACGUAAUGCCUCCCGGUAUCCACAAUUCGUUGGUCUCGCCUCGUCCGUCUUCGACGCCCUUCUGCGCUCUCUCUGCACCUUGGGCGACGAAGAGACGCGUGAGGACCGACAGCUAGCAGCUGAGGCGCUGCUCAGCUCUGCUUCCCCUCUUGCGGCACUCAGCGAAGACGAUCUCGUCAUGCUGGAAUCUGCAGGCUUCUGGCGCAUACUCAAGUCGGCUUAUCGCGAGGUGGGCAAUUGGGGGCAGCUAGUCGCGCUUCUACUCCAUGAGCAGCAAGAAGAAGAUGACAGCUUGCUCGACGCGUCACCCUCUUCUGGUAGCGCCAUUUUCUCGCAGCUCUCCGACGUACUCAGCCGGGCACAGCAGCAACAACGCAAGUCAGGCAAGACUGUCGCACGCAGCGAUCUCGACACGAUGAUCGUCGACGCUACGCCACGCCUUGUCGGGUUGGAUGCGAGGCUGACCGCCGAGAUGGUGGAUCGCUUCUUUCCUGAUCGACACGGCGACGUGCUGGAGGUGUUGAGCGAAGACGAUGGAAUGCAGGAGGGUCGCGAAGAUUUGGCGGCGAGGAGGCAACUGAGCUACCUGCGCUGCUUCCUUGAUCAGGAAGGCGAGGAAGCAGCUACAAGGCCGCUCAACCCUGAACACCUGGAUGUAGCGUGUCGCUCGACCUAUGUACAUCUGAAGACGCGACUCGAGCCCUCGGACUUACUUCGCGUGCUGCGUCGACACUCAGUUACGGCAGGCAACGCCUUCUUUGACUUGGAAACGGUCAUCGAAGCCGGCCAAAGUAGCAUGAAUGGUGCAGCGUACGAUGCUGUCCUCUGGAGCCUUGACCGACUCGGAAGGACGGAGAAGGCGUUCAGAGCGCUCGAUGAAUUCAUGGCGCGGGCGGCGCUGCGGAUGAAGAAGGUCAACGACGACGAUGUGGAGGACGUGAUUGACAGCUUGGCAAGGGCAACGAGGAUGUCUGUGCAGAUCUGUGAUGCCCCUUCGCACAGCCGGACCACACAACAGGCUAUGCCUGCUGAGGAGAGAUGGUACCGAUUGCUGCGCUCCAUGGUGGCUCUCAUCCACGACGUCGGCGGCGGAGGAGGCGACGCGAGUGACUCGUCGUCCGCGGCCCUGGAAGCAUCACAACGCGUCGUCGAAGAGACCCUCGCGGCGAUGGUCACCUCUCUCUCCUCUUCCUCUUCCUCCACCACCACGGAGGGGGACAUCUCCCUACCCUCCCUCUUCCGCCGUCUCGUGUCCUCAUCGGCGGAGAAGACAGACGGCAACUCUCCUCGCACCUUCGGCGAGGUCCGUAUGGUCGUCAGCGCUAUGAUGUCCGCCUGCCGGCUUCGUGGUGAGCUCCUCGGCGUGGCGCAGAGACUAUUGGGCAGGGAGGAGGCGGGUCAGUUCGUCCAGCUUGCAAGGCAGAGGAGGAGGGGCUGGAGG